AUGGAGAAAGCAAGCACUAAAUCUGCUUUGAAGUUUGUGAAGAACACUUCUCAGUCUGCAGCUCAAUGGAGCAGUACUAAUUCUAGAGGAAUGACAAAAGAUGUGCUCAAAGACAAGUUCUAUGACAAGACUAAAGCUUCAAGAAGGUCUCCGCCCAAAGAAAGUAACAUGGCUCCACCAAAGUCUCCACCAAGGUCUCCACCAAAAGAAAACACUAAGCCACAAGAAUUCAAACUCCACACCCAAGAAAGAGCUGUCAAGCGUGCAAUGUUCAAUUAUGCUGUGACAACAAAAUUCUAUAUCAUGGAGCUGCAAAAGAAACAAGAGGAGAGGCUGCAAAAGUUGAUUGAAGAGGAAGAGGUUCGUUUGCUAAGAAAGGAAAUGGUUCCAAGAGCUCAAUUGAUGCCUUAUUUUGAUAAGCCAUUCUCUCCACAAAGAUCAAGCAGGAGUGUCCCAAGAGAAUCAUGCAUCCACAUGAUGAGCAGCAAGUGCUGGAGCUGCAGUGUUGGCAAUGAAAUUUACAGCUUGCACCACUAUGGUCACCAUGCUCUCAAAGCCAUUAAGUAG